AGGCGCUUCCGGCCGGCGGCAGCGGCUCCGGGUCCUCCGCUCCCGAGACACCACUGCGGGCCUUGGAGAGCACCCCGGCCCACGCCACCCGGCCUUCACAGCGGGGCAGCGCCCGAGGGACGCCCUGUCCGGGUUGUGCGGGGGAAGGCGGAGGGAGGACCAAGCAGACUGCCCUGCUGCCCGCCCAGCCCCAGGCCCACGGGACCCUGGGCUCCAAGGGGGAGCUGAAGCAGGAGGAUACGGAGGCCCCAGGUCGAGGGCCCGGCUGGAGCCCCCGGGCCCUGACCCCGGGCCCGGCCACCGUGCCCAUGGCCGCCCAGCGGGCUCCCGGGAAGGGCCCCGGGGAGAAGCGUAAGCGGGUGGUGCUGACGCUCCGGGAGAAGAUCGACAUCUGCACGCGGCUGGAGCGCGGCGAGAGCCGGAAGGCGCUGAUGCAGGAGUACAACGUGGGCAUGUCCACCCUGUAUGACAUCAAGGCCCACAAGGCCCAGCUGCUCCGGUUCUUCGCCAACUCCGACUCCCACCAGGCGCUGGAGCGGCGGCGCACCCUGCACACGCCCAAGCUGGAGCACCUGGACCGCGUGCUGUACGAGUGGUUCCUGGUGAAGCGCGCCGAGGGCACGCCCGUGUCGGGCCCCAUGCUCAUCGAGAAGGCCAAGGACCUGUACGAGCAGAUGCAGCUGGCCGAGCCCUGCGUGUUCUCCGGAGGCUGGCUCUGGCGCUUCAAGGCCAGGCACGGCAUCAAGAAGCUGGACGCGUCCGGGGAGAAGCAGGCGACCGACCGCCGCGCGGCCGAGCAGUUCUGCGGCUUCUUCCGGAGCCUGGCCGCGGAGCACGGGCUGUCUCCGGAGCAGGUCUACAACGCCAACGAGACGGGCCUUUUCUGGCGGCGUUUGCCCGGCCCCGGCCCGGACGGCGGGACGGUGCCCGGCCCGAGGCAGGGCAAGGACAGGCUGACCCUCCUGCUCUGCGCCAACGCCACGGGUUCCCACCGCAUCGAGCCCUUGGCCGUGGGGAGGGGUGGCGGCCCCAGAGCCGCCAGAGGCGUCCAGCACCUGCCCGGGGCCUACCGGGCCCAGGGCAACGCCUGGGUGGACAAGGAGAUCUUCUCCGACUGGUUCCACCACGUCUUCGCGCCCGCGGUGAGGGAGCGCUUCCGGACGGUGGGCCUGCCCGCGGGCAGCAAGGCGCUGCUGCUGCUGGACGCGUCCCGGGCCCACCCGCCCGCGGCCGAGCUGGCGUCGGAGGACAUCGUCACCGUCUUCCUGCCGGCCGGCGCGGCGUCUGCGCUGCAGCCCAUGGAGCAGGGCAUCCGCAGGGACUUCAUGCGGCGCUUGGUCAGCCCCCCGGCCGCCCUGCACGGCCUCCACGGCCGCCACGGCGCGAGCGACGCCGUCUGGAGCGUGGCGUGCGCCUGGGAGGCGGUGCCCAGCCAGGUCUUCAGGCGGGCCUGGCGGAAGCUGUGGCCGGCCGAGCUCAGCCCGGCGCCCGGCGGCUCCGGGGCGGCGGCGGCGGCGGAGGGCCAGCCCGCCGGGCCGCCCGGCAAGGCCCUGGCCCACCUCCUCGAGCUGGUGGCGGCGGGCCCGUGCGGCCCGGGCGGCGGGGCCCGGGAGCGGGGCGGCGGGAGGGAGGCCCCGGCCGCGCGGGCCGGCGGCGGGGACGAGGCGGCCUGGGAGCGGGCGGCCGCCUCCUUCGAGGCCGUGGUGGGCUUCGCCGAGCGGCAGCCGUGCUUCUCCAUGCAGGAGGCCGGGCAGCUGCGGGCGCUGCACGCCGUGUUCCGGAGGCAGCGGCAGCUGAGGCGGCGGCUCGGGGCCCCCGGGGCCGCCGUCAAGCUCGAGGCCCCCCCGGAGGGCCCCGGCGGGCGCCCGGCCGCGGCCCCCGCCCCGGCGCCCCGCCCGCCCGCCGCGGGCGAAGGCUGA